AUGUUUACAAUACUGACGGUGUCUCACAUCACCGCUGAUACCAAGCAUCCGUUGGUGAUGCUCACUAGUAGAGAAGGGUAUAAAUAUCUCUUUGGAAAAGUUCCAGAAGGCACCCAAAGGGUUUUGAACGAAAACAAGUUCAAACUCGCCAAGUUGAAGUCACUCUUCUUGACAGGAACUUUGUCGUCCUGGUCGGAUAUCGGUGGACUUCCCGGUCUCUUUUUGACGUUGAGCGAUUCUUCCAAGAAGGGUAUCGAUGUCUUCACCAAUUCCAAGCUGCUCUUGUCGUAUGUCGUCAGCACAUGGAGAUGCUUUGUCUUUCGUAAAGGUGCAGAAUUGAAGCUCUUUGACACUAAUGAAGAGAAUAUCAUCGGGGACAACAAUCUCGUCAUCAGACCUAUAAAAAUAGCCAGUAACGUAGAGAACAUAAAUCAAGAUUCAGCUGUCGCAAAACGCUUAGCUGUACAAAUGAAGAAGCUUGUGUCUCUAAUGUUCCCUAAGGAUACCAGUAAAGUCAACGAUAGAGAUCCCAACUCUUACAAGUCAGACCCUACAGAAACAGAUAUCCACACGCAUGUCAGGAUUCCAGAACCACAAGCUCUUCUCCCAACAGCACAACAACUGGCUGUAAGCUACUUAGUCAGGUUCUUGCCUAUUCGGGGAAAGUUUGAUCCGGUAAAAGCUAAAAGUUUAGGCUUACAGCCAGGUGCAAACUAUAGAAAAUUGAGUCAGGGUGUAGCUGUAGAAAAUGAUCAAGGAGUUCUUAUUCAACCACAACAAGUAGUUGCCGACCCCAAAACGUUUCCCAAGCUUCUUAUUUUGGAUAUCCCCAACAAGUCGUACUUGGAUAAUUCUCUUGGUAGCGACAAGUGGUUUGAAAAGAAUGAUGAUUUAGGUGAAGAAGAGGUAGGUAUCGUCUAUCACUUUUUGGGAGAUGAUGUGGAUUUUGAAACUCCUGCUUACCAAGAUUUCAUAGCCAAGUUUCCUCGUGAUUCAAAACAUAUAAUCAGCCAUCCAAAGUUGGCGAACAACACGUUGGUAUUCAAGAGAUCGGCUAUAGAUGUUUUGACUCUCAAAUGUAUCAUGAAGGACAACUUCAACUUGCCCCACAUAGAACCUUAUGAAUCGUUACCUGAAGGCUCGGUCUUCAAGUUGCAUCAGUUACAGCAAUUUCAUGUACAAUCUCUGGGUGUAGAAGUUGACACUUCGUUGAUUCAAAGCGAUAGUUGGGAAAGCAUAUAUAACGAGAAUAUUGCUGGGUUGAACUUACCAGAUGUUAACCUCGGUGAUAUUGUUGAUUCUGAGCCAAGUACGUUGGAUGCCCUUUCAGGCUCUCUCAAAGAUCAGGUUCAUAUAGUCACUUUGGGAACUGGUUCAGCCUUGCCCUCGUUGCAUCGUAAUGUCAUUUCAACUUUAGUUAGAAUCCCGUACCAUUCUUCUCAAGGAGAUAUCAGAUUCAACUCUAUUUUGUUGGAUGGUGGUGAAAACACUUUGGGUACUUUUCUGAGAAACUUUGGCCACAAUAUGGGUGAACAAGCUAGAAAGGUAAUGAAAGAGUUGUCGUUGAUUUAUUUGAGCCAUUUGCAUGCCGAUCACCAUUUAGGAAUUGUGUCUGUUAUCAACGAAUGGUUCUUAGUUAACAAUGAAGACCACAGAAAGCUUUACUUGAUUGUUCCAUGGCAGUACGAAACGUUUAUCUCUGAGUGGUAUAAGCUUGAAGGUCAGUUGAAUGAUCUGGUAAAUUUGGACAGAAUUGAAUUCUUGAGUUGUGAAGACUUUUUACCAGACAGACUACCCAAGUACCAUAAGAUCGAUAUCGAUGACUUUGAGUAUCUCUAUGAUAAUAACGAUCUCAAUCGUAUUGUUGCCAAGUCUCCUUUGGAACCAUUGAACAGAUCGGCUAUAAGCCGGCUCUUCGCUGAUCUCAGGAUCAAAGAAAUUGCUACAGUCAGAGCUCUUCAUUGUGCCUGGGCGUAUUCGGUCAGUAUUACGUUUGAUCUAGAAGAUAAUGAGUCGUUCAAGGUUUCGUAUUCUGGAGACACUCGUCCCAACCCCAAAUUUGUCGAUAUCGGUCGCGAUAGUGAUCUUUUGAUUCACGAGUCUUCCUUGGACAAUGAGCUUAUUGAGGAAGCCAUUGCUAAGAAACACUCGACGAUGAUCGAAGCAAUCAAUGUGGCGCGCUACAUGAACUGUUCGAAACUCAUCUUGACCCACUUCAGUACAAGAUACUCGAACAAGACUAAUACGGUUCGAAACUCGGAAGCGUUGAUAGCCUUGUCGCAGAGUUUAAACAACUACUUGACCAAGUACAGAGUGUCGCCCAACAUUUUCGCCUUAGAGGGCCAAGCGUAUCCCAUCAAGUCGUACGACGAGUUGGACAUCUGCUACGGCUACGACUUUAUGAACUAUAGGUUCAAGGAUCUUCAUCUCCAGAAGCAGAAAAUGGAUUUGAUCUACGAUACGUUUGAAGCGGAAGAAGACGACGACAAGAAGGAGAGAGAAACGCUGAAACAAAGAGAAAAACAGGAGGUGAGAAGGAUGCAGCGCUUACAGUCCAAAAACAGUGUCCACAAGAAGAGAAAAGUCAGUGGCAGCGAAGAUGAAGAGGACCAGUAGAUAUAUAUAGUAAUCCAAAUUAAUAGAGUCUUGUACAUAAACGUGGCUAAU